CCCCGGAAUCUGUUUUGUCUCUCUAAGAAAAUAUAUUUUUUCUGCUAAUUUCUCUCUCUAGAAACUGAUUGAAUUCGCUGGGGGUGAUUGUAGGUCACAUAGAGAGAGUAGGAGUACAUACGCACAACAACAAUACUCUUCUCAAUCACUAUAAAAGGAGAGGGAAAAGAGGAGAGAGAAAAAAAAAGGAGGAAGGGAAAAUCCAUAUUCAAAGCCUCCCUCUCUCUUUCUCUCUCAUCAGUCUGCUUCAUUUUGAAGCUGUCUUGAGUUUCUCUCUCUAGACCCAUCGUCUCUCUCUAGAAUCCACUUCUGGGUUCGCUUUGUUUCUCUCGAACCUUCUAAAAGCUAGGGUUUUCAAAACGCUCGUGUCCGUACACUCAGCCCUGCUCUAGGGUUUAUCCGAUUUCUGUUUUUUUUUUAAUCAUGGCGGCCGAGAAGCUUAGGGAUUUGAGCCAGCCGAUUGAUGUGGCGCUGCUCGACGCUACCGUCGCGGCCUUCUACGGCACUGGAUCUAAGGAGGAGAGGACAGCUGCAGACCAGAUUUUGAGGGAGCUGCAAAACAAUCCAGAUAUGUGGCUUCAAGUAGUUCAUAUUCUACAAAGCACUCAGAAUCUAAACACCAAGUUCUUUGCCUUGCAGGUCCUUGAGGGUGUUAUUAAGUAUAGGUGGAACGCAUUGCCUGUUGAACAACGGGAUGGGAUGAAGAAUUACAUUUCUGAAGUCAUUGUCCAGCUUUCAAGCAAUGAGGCCUCAUUUCGGCGAGAGAGGCUGUAUGUCAACAAGCUCAAUAUCAUCUUGGUUCAGGUUUUGAAGCAUGAGUGGCCAGCAAGAUGGCGAAGCUUCAUUCCUGAUCUUGUUUCGGCAGCAAAAACUAGUGAAACGAUUUGUGAAAAUUGCAUGGCUAUUUUGAAACUUCUAAGUGAGGAGGUUUUUGAUUUCUCAAGGGGAGAAAUGACUCAACAGAAGAUCAAAGAGCUUAAACAAUCUCUAAACAGCGAGUUUCAGCUCAUUCAUGAGUUAUGCUUAUAUGUACUAUCAGCAUCUCAAAGAACUGAACUUAUACGGGCAACGCUGGCUACAUUGCAUGCUUUUCUCUCAUGGAUUCCUUUGGGCUAUAUUUUUGAAUCACCGCUGCUGGAAACGCUCCUAAAAUUUUUUCCUGUCCCAUCAUAUCGGAAUCUCACCCUCCAGUGUUUGACAGAGGUUGCAGCCCUUAAUUUUGGGGACUUCUAUAACCUUCAGUAUGUGAAAAUGUAUAACAUAUUCAUGGUCCAGUUACAGUCUAUUCUUCCAACUACUACAAACAUACCUGAGGCUUAUGCACAUGGCUCUAGUGAGGAGCAGGCAUUUAUUCAGAACCUUGCUCUAUUUUUCACCUCAUUUUAUAAGUCUCAUAUUCGAGUGCUGGAAUCUAGUCAAGAGAACAUAUCUGCACUCCUACUGGGUCUUGAGUAUCUCAUUGGCAUCUCAUAUGUGGAUGACACUGAAGUUUUCAAGGUUUGUCUGGACUAUUGGAACUCCUUAGUUUUGGAGCUGUUUGAGGCACACCAUAAUUUAGAUAAUCCUGCAGUGGCUGCAAAUAUGAUGGGACUGCAGAUACCAUUGAUCCCUGGUAUGGUUGAUGGCCUUGGUUCUCAACUUCUGCAGCGGCGGCAGCUUUAUUCUGGUCCUAUGUCAAAGUUGAGAUUGCUUAUGAUCUGUCGUAUGGCUAAGCCUGAAGAAGUUCUGAUUGUUGAAGAUGAAAAUGGGAAUAUUGUUCGUGAAACUAUGAAAGACAAUGAUGUCCUUGUUCAGUAUAAGAUUAUGAGAGAAACUCUGAUCUAUUUGUCACACCUUGAUCAUGAGGAUACUGAAAAGCAGAUGCUGAAAAAAUUAAGUAAGCAGCUGAAAGGUGAGGAUUGGACAUGGAAUAACUUAAAUACAUUAUGCUGGGCAAUAGGAUCCAUAUCCGGUUCCAUGAUGGAAGAACAGGAAAACAGAUUUCUGGUGAUGGUCAUCCGUGAUUUACUGAAUUUAUGUGAAAUCACAAAAGGAAAAGAUAACAAGGCCGUCAUUGCAAGCAACAUCAUGUAUGUUGUUGGACAAUACCCAAAAUUUCUGAGGGCCCAUUGGAAGUUCUUGAAAACUGUUGUGAAUAAGUUAUUUGAGUUCAUGCAUGAGACACAUCCUGGAGUUCAGGACAUGGCCUGCGAUACAUUCUUGAAAAUUGUCCAGAAGUGCAAACGUAAAUUCGUUAUUAUACAGGUUGGUGAAAAUGAACCAUUUGUAUCCGAAUUACUAUCAGGCCUUCCAUCAACUAUUGCAGAUCUUGAGCCUCACCAAAUCCAUACUUUUUAUGAAUCUGUUGGUCAUAUGAUCCAAGCAGAAUCUGAUCCCCAGAAGAGGGAUGAGUAUCUGCAGAGGUUGAUGGAACUCCCAAAUCAGAAAUGGGCUGAAAUUAUUGGACAGGCACGCCAAAGUGUUGAUUUCCUGAAGGAUCAAGAUGUGAUCCGGACUGUGCUUAAUAUAUUGCAGACAAAUACAAGUGUUGCCACUUCACUUGGAACAUAUUUCUUAUCACAAAUUACGCUGAUAUUUUUGGACAUGCUUAACGUGUACAGAAUGUACAGUGAGCUUAUAUCGAAUAGCAUUGCUGAAGGAGGGCCCUUUGCCUCUAAAACGUCCUAUGUAAAGCUUUUGCGGUCAGUUAAGAGGGAGACUCUCAAGCUCAUUGAGACAUUUUUGGACAAGGCUGAAGAUCAGCCACAAAUUGGAAAGCAAUUUGUUCCUCCAAUGAUGGAUCCUGUUCUUGGUGACUACGCAAGGAAUGUACCUGAUGCUAGGGAAUCAGAAGUUUUGUCACUUUUUGCAACAAUAAUAAACAAGUACAAGGGUGCAAUGAUAGAGGAUGUGCCUCGCAUAUUUGAAGCCAGUUUUCAAUGCACGCUGGAGAUGAUUACUAAAAAUUUUGAAGAUUAUCCAGAGCAUCGCCUAAAAUUCUUCUCCUUACUUCGUGCAAUUGCUACACAUUGCUUUCCUGCUUUGAUUCGGUUAUCAAGCCAGCAAUUGAAGCUUGUAAUGGACUCAAUCAUAUGGGCUUUCCGGCACACUGAGAGGAAUAUUGCAGAAACAGGUUUAAACCUUUUAUUGGAGAUGUUGAAGAACUUUCAGGCUUCUGAGUUCUGUAACCAGUUCUACCGAACGUACUUCUUGACAAUCGAGCAAGAAAUUUUUGCUGUUCUGACAGAUACCUUUCACAAACCUGGAUUCAAGUUGCAUGUCUUAGUACUGCAGCACCUAUUUUGCCUGGUUGAGUCUGGUGCAUUAACAGAGCCUUUAUGGGAUGUAUCUACAGUUGCUUAUCCAUAUCCUAAUAACACAAUGUUUGUUCGUGAGUAUACCAUAAAACUCUUGAGUACCUCGUUCCCCAACAUGACGACAUCUGAGGUGACCCAAUUUGUGACUGGACUAUUUGAGUCGAGAAAUGACCUCUCAACAUUUAAAAAUCACAUACGAGACUUCCUCGUUCAAUCAAAAGAAUUCUCUGCUCAGGAUAACAAAGAUCUCUAUGCAGAAGAAGCUGCUGCUCAGAGAGAAAGAGAGCGACAGCGGAUGCUUAGUAUCCCAGGGCUCAUCGCCCCAAAUGAGAUUCAAGAUGAGAUGUUGGACUCAUAGGUUGUCGGUCUGUCGUUGCUGUCAAAUCUAAUUUCCUGGUUUUUGACUCUGGAGUUACAAUUUGGGCGCGUUGAAUCUCAGUUAUCACAUUCUAUGCACAUGACACCAGACAGAUCAAUUUUUUCCCCCUUAUUUUUUUCUCCCGUUACCUUUGAAAGAUUUUCUUUUAGUUUGAACCAGUGAAUCCAUGAAGGCGCCCUCGUUCGGAGGCUUUGGCUGCUCGAAAAAUACCUCCUACCUCUAUUGGCAUGGUGUAGAGUAUUUUAGGUGCUAAUGUAGGGAUAUAGCGAGUCAUUAUCCGGUUUCUUGAAUGGACCUUGAUAGAUAAUGUAUUUCAUUAAGGAUGGAAUGCAAAAAUGUUGAAAUCACUCUUUCUUCAGGAUUUGAUGUUUCAUCCUUUUAGGUGUAAUGUAUACUAACUUUGGCGGUUUGUGCAGAAAUUUAAUUUUUUGUUAUUGGUUUGUAGGAUA